UCGCCGCCCCACCCGAAAGGAUUGGGGUUUGACUGGAGACGAGUGAGGAUCCUGCCCUGACUCCAGUGGUCCACGACUCCUCCUCCUGUCGUUGCCGGCGUGAUUCCUGGGACUCAGAUGGACCACACGUCCCCAACCUACAUGCUUGCUAACUUAACCCACUUACAUUCGGAACAACUUCUGCAGGGCUUGAAUCUUCUUCGUCAACAUCACGAACUUUGUGACAUCAUUCUUCGAGUCGGUGAUGUUAAAAUCCAUGCUCACAAAGUGGUACUUGCCAGCAUCAGCCCAUAUUUCAAAGCUAUGUUCACUGGAAACCUUUCUGAAAAAGAGAACAGUGAGGUUGAGUUUCAGUGCAUUGAUGAAACUGCUCUCCAGGCCAUUGUGGAGUAUGCCUAUACAGGAACUGUUUUUAUUUCACAGGACACAGUUGAAUCUCUCCUUCCAGCAGCAAACCUACUCCAGAUAAAACUUGUCCUGAAGGAAUGUUGUGCAUUUCUUGAAAGCCAGCUUGAUCCUGGUAAUUGUAUUGGAAUUUCUCGUUUUGCAGAGACAUACGGUUGUCAUGACCUUUAUUUGGCAGCUACUAAAUACAUAUGCCAGAAUUUUGAAGCUGUUUGCCAGACUGAAGAGUUUUUUGAGCUUACACAUGCUGAUUUAGAUGAAAUUGUUUCCAAUGACUGUUUGAAUGUAGCUACCGAAGAGACUGUUUUUUAUGCCCUUGAGUCUUGGAUCAAGUAUGAUGUACAAGAACGUCAGAAAUACUUAGCACAGCUACUUAAUAGUGUGAGAUUACCAUUGCUGAGUGUUAAGUUUCUCACUAGACUAUAUGAAGCAAAUCAUCUUAUUCGUGAUGAUCGCACUUGUAAACAUCUUUUGAAUGAAGCCCUAAAGUACCACUUUAUGCCUGAACAUAGACUCUCUCAUCAGACUGUCCUGAUGACACGACCUCGCUGUGCUCCCAAAGUACUUUGUGCCGUAGGAGGAAAAUCUGGACUAUUUGCCUGUUUGGAUAGUGUGGAGAUGUACUUUCCUCAGAAUGACUCUUGGAUUGGUUUGGCACCCCUAAACAUUCCUCGCUAUGAAUUUGGAAUAUGUGUUUUAGACCAAAAAGUGUAUGUUGUAGGUGGUAUUGAAACGAACGUGCGUCCUGGCAUCACUAUCAGAAAACAUGAAAAUUCAGUAGAAUGCUGGAAUCCUGAUACAAAUACCUGGACUUCUCUUGAGAGAAUGAAUGAGAGCCGCAGUACCCUUGGAGUAGUAGUACUUGCAGGAGAACUUUAUGCUUUAGGUGGUUAUGAUGGACAAUCUUAUUUACAAUCUGUAGAGAAGUAUAUUCCUAAAAUAAGAAAAUGGCAACCUGUGGCACCAAUGACUACAACAAGAAGCUGUUUUGCUGCAGCCGUGUUGGAUGGAAUGAUAUAUGCCAUUGGUGGGUAUGGUCCUGCCCACAUGAACAGUGUGGAGCGUUAUGAUCCAAGUAAGGACUCCUGGGAGAUGGUUGCAUCUAUGGCAGAUAAAAGGAUUCACUUUGGUGUGGGUGUCAUGCUAGGCUUUAUUUUUGUGGUGGGUGGACAUAAUGGUGUCUCACAUUUGUCAAGCAUUGAAAGAUAUGACCCUCAUCAAAAUCAGUGGACUGUGUGUAGACCAAUGAAAGAACCCAGAACAGGGGUUGGUGCUGCAGUAAUUGAUAACUACCUUUAUGUAGUUGGUGGUCACUCAGGGUCUUCCUAUCUGAAUACCGUGCAGAAAUACGACCCUAUAUCAGAUACGUGGCUGGAUUCAGCUGGCAUGAUAUACUGUCGCUGCAACUUCGGAUUAACAGCACUUUGACAAGUGUGGACUGGUGGGAGUCGUGUGGUGAUGAACCUUGGGCCACAUGAACGGAUGCCCCACUUUCUGAAAUCCAAAAGCUAACAGUACUUUCUCUAACUUGAAAUGGCAUGAAGACUCAAAGUUCUGUUGGGUACUUUGACAAGUAGCUUUGGUUGCUCUUGAUUACACAGUGAAUCAAUAAUCAAAAAAAAAAAAAAAA